AUGGCUGAUCAGAUUUGCGCAAACUGCCAGGAGCCACUUCUCAUAGAAAUUGAACCAGACAGUGAUGUCGAGGAUAUUAAAGCGACUGCGCAAGUCCAGAGUGUACCCGACGACGUAGAGUUAAGCUGCGGGUGCCAUUACCAUUGGGAAUGCUUUUUGGAAGCUUACACUCUCACGGAAUGCCCGGAUUGUUCCAGAGACAUCUCGUCGCUCUCACCCAGUGGGGCCCAACAAGUUCUCGUCGUUCUCCGGAACGAAGGAGGUAUUCAAGAGGGUUAUAAUAUCCUCCCAGCCGCCUGCGAAGAGGCCUACCUACGGGCGUACCCUGAAGAACGAAAAGGUCGUGCAUACAUGGAAUUCUGCCGCGAAGGCGACAUUGAUGCCGUUAUCCUCAUGAUCAAAGACGUGGAUGAAGAAGAGCAGGGAGAACACGCUGACAUAUUGAGGUAUAAGGGCACUUUUGAAGGGAUUGAGGGAUCGGGUCUGCACGUUGCAAUCCGGUACGGGCAACAAGAGGUGGCAUGGUUACUGCUGGCGCUUGGGUCACAACUUGAAUGGGACAAGUUUCCAGCGCCCGUCCUUCAAGCGAUACAGAGUUUGGGGCUGCAGAAAGAAGAUAGGAACUGUGACCCAGACAUCCGGACACUGGUGGACAGCGAAGGGAGAACACCGGCGGCUCUGGCACGAGAGCUGGGAGGAGUGUGGACGGAAUGGCUCAGUCGGGGCCGAUUGGCUCCGUGA